ACCUCAUCUCUGCUUGGUGCUCUCAUGCACGGUCUUCUAAUGUCCCAACCCAACCCGUUAUGUAGCAGUUAUGAUAAUGUUAGACUAUGAAGUAAAACUAGCCGUUAGGAUUAAGAAAAUUGUGAACUUUGACCCAUUCUCCUUACCCAUUUCAUUUAUCUCUCUCUCUUCACAAUACCUUCAACCCCACCAGCUUUCUUCACUCACAUGCCCUUUUCAGAAUCAUAGUCCUUUACUUUUCAUUCUACACUUUCUUGUGUUAUUUAGAUCCUCCUCAUUGUUCUUCAUUGUACUACUAUCUGAGCUAAGCUUGAGAAGUGAGAGACUGUAGAAACACACACAUAAUAAACAUAGAGAGGGUAGUGUACAAGUGGAACCUGUUUGUUUCUUUUUGCUUAGCCGUUGUUUUUCCAAAGUUUCCACUUCCUACAACUUAAGAGAUUCAUGGGAAAUAAUGGAUGUCAUGUCAAAGAUUUCAACACAAAUCCACUUCAGCUUUUGUUCUCUUCAAAUGGUGAUGAAAGGAAGGAAUGGAGGAGUAAUCACAAAGGUGGUUUCAUUUGCUUAGCCUUUUUACUCUUUCUUUUGCAAGCUUUGGCUUCCACCAUUCAACCUGUUUCAGGCCACUUGUGGGAUGGAGUGGUUGUUACUCAAGCUGAUUACCAAUCUCUGAGGGCUAUUAAGCAUGAGCUGAUUGACUUCAAAGGGGUUCUGAGGAGUUGGAAUGAUAGUGGUUUAGGUGCUUGUUCAGGUGGGUGGGCAGGAAUCAAGUGUGUGAAUGGAGAGGUUAUAGCAAUUCAGCUUCCUUGGAGAGGGUUAGGUGGCCGCAUUUCUGAGAAAAUUGGCCAACUUCAAGCUCUUAGGAAGCUUAGUCUCCAUGACAAUGCUAUUGCUGGUCCUGUCCCUUGGUCACUUGGCUUUCUUCCUAACCUCAGAGGAGUUUAUCUCUUCAAUAACAGGCUUUCAGGUUCUAUUCCUCCUUCCCUUGGCAAUUGUCCAAUGCUUCAGUCCUUUGAUGUUAGCAAUAAUUUCCUCACUGGUAAAAUCCCUCCUAGUUUAGCUAACUCCACUAGGAUAUUUAGGAUCAAUUUGAGCUUCAACUCACUUUCUGGAUCCAUUCCUAGCAGUUUCACCAUGUCUUCUUCUCUAACCAUUCUUGCCCUUCAACACAACAAUCUCUCUGGUUCUAUUCCAGAUUCUUGGGGUGGAAUGGGAAAGAAAAAUUCUGCUCAACUUCAAGUUUUGACCCUUGAUCACAAUCUCAUUUCUGGAAAAAUUCCAGUUUCUCUAAGCAAGCUAGCUUUACUUGAAAACGUUUCUUUGAGUCAUAACCAGAUUGUUGGGCAUAUUCCAAGCGAACUAGGUGCACUUUCCAGGCUUCAAGUUCUUGAUCUAUCAAACAAUGCCAUCAAUGGUAGCUUUCCUGCUAGCUUCUCUAACCUCUCUUCUCUUAUUUCAUUGAAUCUGGAGAGCAAUCAACUUGAAAACCAUAUUCCAGAUUCUUUGGACAGGUUACACAACCUUUCUGUGAUUAACCUGAAGAACAAUAAGCUUGAUGGCCAAAUCCCAUCUACAAUUGGGAACAUCUCAAGCAUUAGCCAAAUUGAUUUCUCUGAAAAUAAAUUAGAUGGAGAAAUUCCAGAUUCCCUCACCAAACUUGCUAAUCUCAGUUCAUUCAAUGUCUCUUACAACAAUCUAUCUGGUCUUGUCCCAUCUAUACUUUCCAAAAAAUUCAGUGCUAGCUCUUUUGCAGGGAAUUUUGAGCUAUGUGGGUACAUCAGUUCAAAGCCAUGCCCUUCACCCCCACCACAUAAUCUUCCAGCUCAAUCACCACAGCCUCCUUCCAAGCCAAGUCACCAUAAAUUAAGCACCAAGGACAUAAUCCUCAUAGUAGCAGGUGUUCUCUUGCUAAUUUUGUUACUACUAUGCUGCUUUUUGCUAUGUUGUUUGAUCAGGAAAAGAGCUGCUUCAAGCCGAAAGAGUGGCAAGACUGCUAAGGCUGCAGCAUCUGCUAGGAGUGUUGAGAAAGGUGCCUCAGCUGGUGGUGAAGUUGCUGAAUCAGGAGGUGAAGCUGGUGGAAAGCUAGUUCACUUUGAUGGGCCCUUUGUGUUUACUGCUGAUGAUCUUUUGUGCGCAACUGCGGAGAUAAUGGGAAAAAGUGCAUAUGGAACUGCAUACAAGGCAACACUGGAGGAUGGGAACCAGGUUGCUGUGAAAAGGCUGAGGGAGAAGACUACUAAAGGGCAGAAGGAGUUUGAAACUGAGGUUGCUGCACUUGGCAAAAUCAGACACCCAAAUCUCUUAGCCCUUAGAGCCUACUAUUUAGGACCAAAAGGAGAGAAGCUUCUUGUCUUUGAUUACAUGACCAAAGGAAGCCUAGCAUCAUUCCUUCAUGCUCGUGGGCCUGAAAUUGUAAUUGAAUGGCCAACAAGGAUGAAAAUUGCAAUUGGAGUCACCCAUGGUCUGUGCUACCUCCAUAACCAAGAGAACAUUGUACAUGGAAAUCUUACAUCUAGCAAUAUACUAUUGGAUGAGCAAACAAAUGCCCAUAUAACAGAUUUUGGUCUUUCAAGGCUAAUGACAACUUCUGCCAACACCAACAUCAUUGCAACUGCAGGAAGCCUUGGCUACAAUGCACCAGAGCUUUCAAAGGCUAAGAAGCCUAACACAAAGACUGAUGUUUAUAGUCUUGGUGUCAUCAUGUUGGAGCUGCUAACUGGUAAACCACCUGGUGAGCCAACCAAUGGGAUGGACUUGCCUCAGUGGGUGGCAUCCAUAGUGAAGGAAGAGUGGACCAAUGAAGUGUUUGAUUUGGAACUCAUGAGAGAUGCACCAACCAUAGGGGAUGAGUUGCUUAAUACAUUGAAGUUAGCUUUGCAUUGUGUGGAUCCAUCUCCAGCUGCUAGGCCAGAAGUUCAGCAAGUUCUCCAGCAGUUGGAGGAGAUUAAACCAGACUUAGCUGCAGGGGAUGAUGAUGGAACUAAGGUCCAAACAACUGAAUAAAGGGUUUUUUUUUUAUAGUGUGUUAAGGAAGGAUAUUUUAAUUACUUGAGAAAGGAUAUAUAUAUUAUUCUUUAUUUAUUUGUUUAUUAAGUUUAUGUAUAUAGACGAGUGAGGAUUUGUUUACACUAAGUAUUCUUUUUAAC